AUGGCUGUUCGCAAGUCCAUUUCAUUCCCAAUCGCACCGCCUAUACCGUUGCGACGUCUCAAGGCACAGAAAAAUAGUCUCUCGUUUUCGCAUUCGAAACAAAGACCAACACCUCACCUUCCUCCAACUCCAAGUUUAGAGCAGACACUGCUUGAUAAUGUGCACGUGGAAUUUAUUAAGGCUGUAGUACCCGGGCAAAACAAACUCGCUAGCCCACGCUAUAUUAUGCGCAUCAAUAAUACAGCGCUGGACCAGACGUGGGAGAUGGGAAGGACUUUUCAAGAGUUUUACGAACUAAAAGAAGCAGUUGCUAGCGUACUCGAUUACGGUCAUUUUUGUCCAUCAAACUGCCCGUGGCUGUACAUGUAUGCGGCGAAUCAUUUUCCACGCCGUCGUAUCUUUCGAUCGCGAAGCCCAAGUGUGAUUUCUGCGCGUCUGACGCAUUUACAAACGUACCUUUCGACUCUCUUGCGUAUGGCGAAACAAAAUCGCAAUCUUGAAUGUGCAGUGUCGUCGACUAAAUUACCACAAUUGAUCUACGACUUUCUUUUCGAAGGUAUGGUCUUUAAUCGCUCGGAUUUCGUGCGAUCAAGCGAACGGUCUUCAAUGAUGAGUGGACGAGAAAGCUGUUUUAGCGAAAUCGACCCGACCCAAGAUUCUGAGGAUUGUUCGAUCUGUCACCAGGCGCUUGUUAGUGACAACACGGUGGCAAUCGUAUCAGCAGCUCCAGCGAUCAGAUGUGGAUCUCCUGACGAUAGCAAAAAGCAACACACUCACGUCACAGCGAGUCUAACUACGUUGAAUUGUGGCCAUUGCUUUCAUGAUGAACCUUGUCAAAUGAAGCGUAGGGUCCGCGACCAGGAGGCAACAGACGCACAAGGUCGUCGACGUUUUCACGGAGCUUUCACUGGUGGCUUUUCAGCUGGUCACUACAACUCUGUUGGUAGUAAGGAAGGAUGGACUCCCAAAACUUUCUCUUCUUCUCGUAGUAAUCGCUCGUCAUAUGUGGAGCAACGUCCUGAAGACUUUAUGGAUGAAGAGGAUGAUCCACUAUUGGGGAAACGACUAGAGACUACGGAGUGCUAUGAUACCUUGCAAACAGGAGCAAAACGACGACUGCAAGAGCAGCAAUCAGAUCAAUCUGUCGUUUCUGCCAUUCCCGGAUUUUUGUGGCCGAACGAUUGGAAUUUGCCUGUAAAUGACUCUAUUGGAAUGAAAUUACUUAAACGGAUGGGGUGGAAGGAAGGCCACGGUAUUGGACAACCAGUUCGACGACGCAAGUUCGAUAAAGUGGAGAAUAAACAACCAAAAGAAGUGCUGCGAGGUGAUGAAGAGCAAAACUCAGAGCCAGAUGAUGAAGAAGUUGUGUACGUGCCGCCACGAAAAGUGUUUGAUGUGCGAACUUCCUUUCCUAAGCCGAAAUUGGAUCGAUAUGGUGCAGGAUUUGAUCCGUAUCGAGAUGCCCCGGAGUUUCACGCAUUUAAAGAGCAACAGAAGAAUAAACAAAAGGAGCGAGAAGGAUCUCAUCGUCACAUAGUUUCAUUUGUGGACGCGUUAAAGUCAACAAAUGGUACAAACCGGGCGACCAAUGGCUACGGAUUGAGUGCGCUUGAAGAAAACGACGAUAUUGAUGUAUAUGGGACGAUUUCGAUGGAUGAUUUUGAUCGGGCAAUCGCGCCACUAAGAGCAAAAAACGAUGUCAAACGGCUAGAAUCAUCGUCACAACAUGAGACGUUAAGGCUUAGCCGAGCGUUGUGUUCUGAUGGACGUCCUGUCCUUCCUGGAUUUGAGCUGGCAAUAGCGAAGGAAUCCCCAUCAAAAGCUGUGAAUUUUCAUCUAAACGUACCAACUAAUUUUAAAGCUUAUCAUCGCUUUGACAAUGAAAGUGAUCAAUAUGAUGCCGUAACGUCUUUGUAUCGCAAGUACCAUCUACUCAACGACAUUGUUAAGAGUGGAGUUCUCGUGACAGCGAAGCAGCGCGGCGCUCUACUUGAAGACGCUGGUCAAGAUGUACAAGACCAAGCUGGUAAUGCCGCGACCGUUACAACUGGAAGUGUUUUUGAUUUGUUGGGUGAAGAGCAAAAAGCAAAAAUUUUUAAGGCUGCAGCCAAUGCAAAACAAGAUGUUUUGUUAUCGGAUGUAGAGCGUGCACCUUCUAUCGCAGCGCGUAAAGAUCGGCAAAUUUUAGGAGAAAGUUGUGGCGGGAAGCAAUUACGUGCUUCAAUCUCUGCGUCCAUUUCAAAGAGAUUUGUGUCAUCGACAUCGAUCGCCGACGAGAAUACAAGUGACUCUGUUUCCUCAAAGCAGCCUAUAUUGAAAGCGUCAUAUCGAUCGACAAGUCCGUGGAUUCCAAAAUCACUUCUAUGUAAGCGAUUUCACGUUAAAUGUGUCGGGCCGACAGGAUCGGAAGGACCCCGCGAUAGUUCUGAUAUAAAGCAAAAUUUGUACGACAAAGAACUUGUGCCUCAUUUGGUCGAAUUUGCUUCUGGUCGAGCUGCAUAUCGAAAGUCCGACAAUAUUGGCAAGUCCUUUGAAGUGAGUACAGUCGAUGUAGCAGCAGGUGGAAAUCAACUUCCAGUGGCACCAGCUCAAAAGGCAUCUCUAGAUUUGCUUAAAUCAAUAUUUGAGCCAUCUGACGAGUCUUUGAGUGAAGAUGACAGUGACGAUGAGAGUGGUGUUGAGGGCAACAGUGAUCAGUGCAAUGUUGAGAGUACCGAAUCAACUACGCAGCAAAAAGAAUCUGUUCGGCUGCCUUCGACAGUCCUUUCGUCGGCGCGAGGAAUACAUGAUCGACACCAAUCAAAUCCACAAGAAUCGAGCUCGUCGGAUGAGGCAAAUGCCACGAUGUUACAUUAUGACGAUUUUGAGACAAAAGAACUGAAUAAAGUUGACGGUCAGAAUGCCGAACAACGGACAAAAGAAAGAAAGUUGCGUACGAAGCACAAGAAACGUCACAAACAUCGCUCGUUGCGUGACGAAAAGGUCAGGAAGAAAAAGGCGAAAAAGGAACAGAAAGAAAGAAAGUCGCACAGACGCCACACAUUGAGACACUCGAGAUAUAGUCGAAGUCCGAGUGCGGCAAGAACACCUCGUUCCUCGAAUCGAUAA